GUGAGGUCGGGGGGUUGUGUGGCGGGGGGACCAUGCCGUCCUACACGGUCACGGUGGCCACGGGCAACCAGUGGUUCGCGGGCACCGACGACUACGUGUACCUGAGCCUGGAGGGGACGGCGGGCUGCAGCGAGAGGCACCUCCUGGACAAACCCUUCUACAACGACUUCGAGCGCGGUGCGGUUGACUCCUAUGAUGUGACUGUGGAAGAAGACCUUGGAGAAAUUCAGCUAAUAAAAAUCGAGAAACGAAAAUACUGGUACCAGGAUGACUGGUACCUUAAGUACGUCACUGUGAAAACGCCGAUGGGUGACUACUUGGAGUUCCCAUGUUACCGUUGGAUUACAGAUGAAAAAGAGGUUGUCCUUCGAGAUGGAAGAGCAAAGCUCCCCCGGGAUGACAAGACCCAGAUUCUCAAGCAGCACAGACGCAAAGAGCUCGAGACCCGUCAAAAAACCUACCGCUGGAAGGAGUGGCACCCAGGCUUUCCCCUGAGCAUCGAUGCCCACUCUCACAGCGAUCUGCCUCGUGACAUCCAGUUUGACAACGAGAAAGGAAUCGACUUCAUUCUGAACUACUCUAAAGCGAUGGAGAACCUUUAUAUCAACCGUUUCAUGCACAUGUUCCAGUCCUCCUGGAGUGAUUUUGCAGAUUUUGAGAGGAUCUUUGUCAGAAUCAGCAACACAAUUUCCGAGUACGUGAUGCAGCACUGGAAGGAAGAUUUUAUGUUUGGCUACCAGUUCCUGAAUGGAUGCAAUCCCGUGCUGAUCCGGAGAUGCACAGAGAUACCCAAGAAGUUGCCCGUGACUAUGGAUAUGGUAGAAUGCAGUCUGGAGAGGAACCUAACCCUGGAGCAGGAGGUGAAGGCAGGAAACAUUUUCAUUGUGGACUAUGAGCUGCUGGAUGGUGUGGAUGCCAACAAAACUGACCCGUGCACGAUACAGUACUUGGCUGCACCCAUCUGUCUGCUGUAUAAGAAUCUGGAGAAUAAAAUCGUUCCCAUUGCAAUCCAGCUUGGUCAAAAGCCUGGCCCAGACAAUCCCAUAUUCCUUCCUUCGGACGCCACGUACGACUGGCUGCUAGCUAAAAUUUGGGUUCGCUCAUCUGAUUUUCACAUCCACCAGACAGUGACCCACCUCCUGCGGACACACUUGGUCUCCGAGGUGUUCAGCAUAGCCAUGUUCCGGCAGCUGCCUGCUGUACAUCCCCUCUUCAAGCUCUUGGUGCCACACAUGCGGUUCACGAUAGCCAUCAACACCAAAGCCCGAGAACAGCUUAUCUGUGAAUGUGGCCUUUUUGACAAGGCAAACGCCACGGGUGGAGGAGGACAUGUACAAAUGGUGCAGAAAGCAAUGAAGGACCUGACUUACAACUCCCUCUGCUUCCCUGAGGAGAUCAAAGCUAAAGGGAUGGACAGCAAAGAGGAUAUCCCCUACUACUAUUACCGGGAUGACGGCAUUAAAGUCUGGGAGGCUAUAAAGAGUUUUGCAGAGGAUGUGAUUCACAUCUACUAUGAGAGCGACGAGGUGGUGUGUGAGGAUGUGGAGCUCCAAGCCUUCGUCAAAGACGUUUACGUUUAUGGGAUGAGGGGCGUGAAGGCAUCAGGGUUUCCCAAGGCCAUCAGGACACGAGAGAAGCUGGCGGAGUAUCUCACCGUGGUAAUAUUCACCACAUCGGCCCAGCACGCAGCGGUGAAUUUUGGCCAGUAUGACUGGUGUUCCUGGAUUCCCAAUGCCCCACCAACAAUGCGCCGCCCUCCUCCGACAGAAAAGGGGACGGUCACCAUCGAGCAAAUCGUGGAGAGUCUGCCGGACAGGGGCCGUUCUUGUUGGCAUCUUGGAGCUGUCUGGGCCUUGAGCCAAUUCCAGGACAAUGAACUGUUUCUGGGCAUGUACCCAGAUGAACACUUCGUGGAGAAGCCGGUGAAAGAGGCUAUGGAAAAAUUCCGCAAGAAUCUGGAUGAGAUCGUCAACGCCAUCGCCGAGCGCAACAAGAACAAGAAGCUUCCUUACUACUACCUUUCCCCAGACCGCAUCCCCAACAGCGUCGCUGUUUGAGCAGAAACCCAGGGGAGUUUGGAGGCGCGUAAAGCUAAUGAUGCUUUCCUGUUACAUGCGCUUUUUGUCAAUGAACUUGCAGAAAUGGAUAAAAUAAGAAACCCACCUUUUCCAUCGGAGCUGACCCAUAGUUGGUUUGGACUUUCAAAACCAAUUCGAUUAUGACUGGUCUUGCAAAAUCUAGUUGACAACCCUCUAGGUCAAUUUUGUUACAGGUUUGUUUUUCCAAAAUUAUUUAAAUAAUCUCAGAAUCAAUAUCCACAUUUCUGUUAGCUUUCCCUCAUCUGGCCAAAACAAUAACAUCAUACAUUCAUUUAUUCAACAAAAAGAGUAUCAUGAGCAAUAAGCAAGUCGCAUCUUUAAAAUCCUUCCUAUUUUUAAUAGGUGACACUGGUGACAUAUAAAAAUAUAAUCUUUAAAGUUUUUGCAUAGUUUUUAAUCCAAUUAAAACAAAUGUUAAAUAUUUUCACUACAGCUGUGAGUGUCCUAAUCAGGAUGAAGGUAGAAGCAGGACAUUUUCUUAACACAGCAGACGGGUUUUAUCUCUUUCACACCGAUUUCAUAUGAAAUGAGACAGCCUGCUUCACAGGAGACAAAAAUUUUGUACCUAUGUAAACCUAUAUAUUUUCUACAUAAAACUAGCCAGGUUUGUUUCAGCCUCUGCCAGCGGAGUUUGAUGUUGUUUGUAUGUACAGACAAAUUUUUUGCUUAGCACAACAGCAAUGAGUACAGACCUAGCACUGCUUAUGCUCAGUUUCUACUGCAUCUUGAGGCUGAUGGGUUUUGUGUAUGGUUUCCUCUGUUUUGUGGGGGAUGACGAGUCCACUUUUUAUAAUGAAAAAAACUGGAGAAGUGGUUAAUUGACAGCUUCUAAGGGAAAUCUUCAGACUUGGACAAUUAAGCAUAACUGGCAUGUUCCAACUUAGUUAGAAAUAACUGAGUUUUGUCUGUUUUGUUUAGAGGUGAUUUGGGGUGAGUACUUGGGCUUUGGUUAAAGGUUAGAGAGUCAUUGAUAUAAUCAACGCAAAAAAUGAGGUUCGGGGGAUUUAAGAGUAGUAGUUUUGUUAAUAACAGUUUUGGUUUACUUUUCCCAGAAUUUGUUCCUUGUACUAGUUUCACCAGCCUGCAGUGUGUUUCCUCAAUAGCUAAGAAAGCCCCUUGUCCUAAUAAAAAAAAACUGAACCAGAA